AUGGCUAGCGCAAACCACAACAGCAUGGCCCAUAUGGGCGACAAGGAGCAGUACACUCGACAACCUGGGAGCUCAUUUGAUCGACCCAGCUCGAAUGACAAGACACUCUACGAUCAUGAUGUCUCGAGACGUGUCUCAAUCGCUGACACCAAGCCGCCUGGUGUUAUCCGAGUCGAAGCUAUUGCUCAGCAUAUGACCACGGUCGAUCGCGUCUGGAUAUUCUUUGGAGUGUUUAUCAUUGCAUUCGCGUAUGCUCUGGACGGCUCAACUCGGUAUACCUACCAGUCGUAUGCCACAAGCGGGUUUGGCCUGCAUUCCCUUCUCGCAACCAUCAACACUGUACGAACGGUAAUAGCAGCCGCCGCACAACCCACUGCUGCUAAAAUUGCCGAUGUUUUUGGUCGUUUUGAACUGGUGAUGGUCAGUGUGAUCUUCUAUGUGCUUGGUACGAUCAUAGAGGCAGGUUCCAGCGGUCUGUCGGCGUUUUGCGCAGGUGCUGUGUUCUAUCAGAUCGGAUACACAUGCAUUAUCCUCCUGGUGGAGGUAAUUGUGGCCGACUUGACCUCGAUGCGUACUCGUGUGUUUUACUCCUAUAUACCUGCAACACCCUUUAUCAUCAUUACCUGGGUAAGCGGCAAUGUCACAUCAUCGGUGCUGGGUGUAACCACAUGGCGGUGGGGCAUUGUCUGUGCCUUACCACUGCUCAGUGCACUGUGGUACACUGGUUUCAAAGCUCGAAGAGCAGGUGCUCUGGACUCGUAUAAAUCACCAUUUCAGCAACUGGGGUUCAGCCGACUCUGUGUUGAGCUCUUCCACAAAUUGGACGUUGUCGGAAUACUCCUAAUUAUUAUCCUUUUUGGCUUCAUUUUGACACCUCUCACGCUUGCUGGGUCAGGCCAAGGCUGGAGGUCAGCUCACGUCAUCGCCCCGUUGGUCAUAGGAGUCCUGGCUAUUCCAGCUUUUGUCUUGUGGGAGCUGAAGGGAGCCAGAUAUCCGCUCGUACCAUUUUACCUGCUCAAGGACAGAGGUGUAUGGGCAGCCCUUGGUAUCGCGUGUUUCCUCAACUUCCCUUGGUACAUGCAAGGCGAUUACCUAUACACGGUUCUAGUCGUGUCGUUCGAUUUCAGCAUCGCGACGGCCACUCGGAUCUUGUCUUUCUACUCUUUCUUCUCGGUCAUAAGCGGACUGAUUGUCUCUGGUCUGAUAUGGUGGACUCGACGCCUCAAGCCGUUCAUCGUUGCAGGCACAUGUCUUUUUAUGGUUGCCUUUGGGCUACUCAUUCACUUCAGAGGAGGAACGAAUGGAUCCAGUCAAUCGGGGAUUAUCGGAGCUCAGGUCCUACUUGGUUUGGCAGGAGGCAUGUUUCCGUAUCCUGCCCAGGCUUCGAUUCAGGCUGCCACGAAACAUGAGCAUGUCGCUAUUGUCACAGGACUCUACCUUGCCACCUAUUCUAUUGGGUCAGCACUUGGAUCAGCAGUGUCCGGGGCCAUAUGGACUCAAGGCUUGUAUGCGCGGUUGGAGUCAGAUUUGGCAUUCCAGAGCAAUUCGACGUUGGCGUCAGCAGUUUAUGCUUCACCUUUGACGGUGGUACCUUUCAACUACCCUGUCGGUACUCCUGAGAGAACUGCCAUUAUUGGGUCGUAUCAGCAUAUGCAAAGGAUUCUUUGCAUCGUGGGAAUCUGCUUAUGUGUACCGUUGAUCGUGUUCGCUGUGUUGUUGAGAAACCCCAAGUUGAGUGACCAACAGAGCCAACCGGAGGCUGAGGAGGGUCACGUAGCUCGUUGA